ACACACACACACACACACACACACACACACACACACACACACACGAGAGCCACUGUUGGAGGUCAGAACAGCACAGAAUAGCAGAGCUACGAUUUGCAGUAAAAGAAAAAAGAGGCCAGAGACAGAAGAAGGCAGGGAUGAGAUCAACAGGGAAGCCUCACCACCCACCUUCUCCACCCUGGGAGGACAUAUCUCACUCCCUCAGGACCUCAAGGCAGGGCGUUGCCUUCUUACGCUAACUCCUGACUCUGCCUCCAUCUAGCUUAGUGCAGAGGACACACAAACCCUGAAGAGUGUGUGUGAAGCAGGUUCAGCACCGUGGGACUUGAAGAUGGCCCCUUUUCAGAGCAAUAAGGAUCUGAUCUCUACAGGAAUAAAGGAGUUUAAUGUUCUGCUGGAUCAGCAGGUCUUUGAUGACCCUCUCAUGCCUGAAGAAGACAUGAAAACUGUGGUUAAUGACUGGGUGAACUUGUACAUCAACUAUUACAAGAAGCACGUGCUUGGGGAGCAGCAGGAGCAAGACGGAGCUCUGAAAGAGCUUCAGCAAGAGCUGAGUACUUUGGGCAGCCAGUUUCUAGCCAAAUACAGGAUCAUUCUGAAGUCCAAAGAGACCCCUAGCAGUAAACCGCCUUCCUCAUAGCCUAAAGGCUCAGGGCACCCAUCAUGCCUUAGAACCCCAAACUCUUGGCUCUGUGUUUUCUUCAGACCAUUCUCCCAUGAUGUCGUUGUAUUUUGACAUGCCAAUAAAGACUGAUACUAA